UCAGGUGGUGGAGAGGCUGCGCGAGCGUUACCAUGGUUACCUCCAUGCCGGCUGGCGUUGCCUGUAUCAUGUGCUUGUUGCUUUGUCUUUCCUGCGACAGGCUUCCCUUUCCUGUCAUAGAGCGGGAGGAAACCUAGUAAUUCCUGUACAGUACUCUGCGGCCUGCUUAUGAUGGCACCCUCUAUGCCCAAGAAAAUAACGCUUCAGAGUCUAUCAGAGUUACUACAGGAUUCUGGGGACUUGAUUCUGGAUGGUACUAGCACCUUGACCUUAUUCACUUCCACACUUCAGAUUCUCAAUCAGAUCUUUGAGCAGUAUCUACUGCCACGAAACCAGAAUCAUGGCUUCAUUGCACUCUCAUCACACCCUGCUGAAACAUCUGCUAUUCUUCAAGCCCAGUUUCUCUUUGAUGUCUUGCAAAAAACUCUCUCACUGAAGCUCAUAUAUGUCCCUGAUCGUUCUCUAUCAGCUCCUGUGAAGAUUUUCCCCUUUAAAUCAUUGCGACGUUUAGAGCUGAGAUGUCUCCCUCUGCACUGUCUGCGGGGCCUGAGGUUUGUUUAUUCCCAGUUGGAGGCUUUGACCUGUUCCAGAUGUGUGAACUCCCUGGAAGAGAUCCUUUCUGCAUGUGGAGGAGAUCUCAGUUCUGCACUUCCUUGGCUGGAAUUACAGACAGCCAACUUCAGCUAUAAUUCUAUUGUAACCUUGGAUGAUUCACUGCAAUUAUUGAAUGUCCUGAAGGCUUUGGAUCUUAGUCAUAAUCUCAUCCAAGACUGCCAGCACUACCUGACUGUGCUGACAGAGCUGGAAUAUUUAAAUGUGGCCUAUAAUUUCUUGCCUAAGGUGCCUGAACUUGGGCUACAUAGUCGAGCUAAACUGGUGACCUUUAUUCUCCGAUACAACUACCUAGACAACAUUAGUGGUGUGGAACAACUGUCAAAUCUUCAGCACCUAGAUAUUGCCUAUAACUUGUUGCUGGAACACUCUGCCCUAGCACCAUUGGCUUGCCUGCACAGCAUGAGGAGACUGCAUCUGGAAGGAAAUCCUUUAUGGUUCCAUCCGAAUCACCGGCUUGCUACGCUAGUGCAUUUGUCUCCUAGGGCUAUUUCCUGCAAUUUCCUCCUUGAUGAAGAACCCCUGUCUGUCUCCAGUUUACAGCACCACACAAAGCUGGAUCGUGUUCAGCCAUGCUGCCCUUCAGGCUCAGAGAGAAUCUUGAUCAACCAGAAUGCCCUGGAAAGUUCAUGUGCCGCAGACCAAAGCGACAGCCAGUCCCCUAAAGACAGCGCAUCUGUUAGACUGUCAUCUCGGAAGAGAACAAAGGGGAAAAUUAAAGUGCGCAGGGCCAGCAUUUCUGAGCCCAGUGACACAGAACAUGAGUACAGAACUCAGCCUCUCUCAGAAGGUAUAUGUCAGCAACAUCAGGCAGAGAUGGAGCGCAUGGACAACGUUCGGGAUCGCUUUGGGGCAAACUGGCUCCAGUAUAGGCGACACCUGGAAGCAGAUGGACCCACAAGGCCUACUGUCCACUCUAGCAGCCCCACAGGAGACUCUCUAAGUAGCUCAGGUGGAACACCUGAGCAGAGCAAGAGCACCAUGCUGGAGCGGAAGCCUCCUGAUGCUGCAGAAGGAAAAGAACCGGAACUGCCUGAUCCUGAGACUGGGGUGGAAAGUCCCAAAACAACUGCAGAAAAGGAUAGAUCGAUAGCUAAAGAAGAUAAAGAUCAGGAAGAAAUACUGGAAGUGGAUCUUUGUCAGCCUGUGCUAGUAAGCCAGAUAGAAGGUGACGGCGACCCAGAACCAGACUGGAUCUUCCUUCGAGUCACUGCCCAACAUGUUAUGGAGGUGGAGUUGAGAGCAGCCAAGGUUUUACACAGGCUGGAACUACAAAGUCUUCAGAAAGUAGAGACUUCGGAAAUGCACUGGAGAAGAAAGGACCUGGAGCGUGAGUUUCCUGUUCUUACCCUCUAUUUCAACUAUAUCUGCAAAGAUCGUCAGAAACGUUGCUAUGUAGUAUUGGAUGACCAUCCUGAACUGCGUAUGCAGGAUUUGCUCAGAGUUCUGGCACCUACCCUGGAGAAAAAUAGGAAGAACAGACAAUUGGCAGAAGGUCCAAAGCUCCAGUGUCUAAAAUGCAAACAGGAAUUCCUUGGGUUCCAGAUGCCUCAGUUGCAAAGACAGGUUGCUACAAAAGAGAGUAUAGCUUUCUCUGAGCAAGAUGUUGCUGCUUCCAGUGAGACCAUUAUAUGUCCCAGUUGUUCUAGUGAUCACGUGGUCAUCUUAUGUGAGAGGCAUUCCAGUGCACUAGUGUUCUCUCAGGAUUGCUUCAAUGAAAGCCAGCAGGAGGCAGAGUCCAGAAAAUUUUACAUUGGUGAUGACAAUAACUCUGAAACAGGAACCAGUUCCAGCACCCAAAUUCAAGAACUUAGCAAUGAUCAUGGCAGCACAGCACAUUCCAGUUCUCGCAGUUCUGAAGGAGCCGAUGCAUCCAGGAGAGAUCUGAGCUCCAAGAGUCGAUAUUCCUCCCUCAGCCACACAGAUAACAAUGGAGGGAGCCUGAUGGGAAGCUACCACUAUGGUACUUCCCGUGCUCCCACUCCUUCCCAGCUGUCCCUGAGCUCAGAGCAUGAGGAGCACUGGAACCUUAGUCCCCCCACCAACAGUAUGUUGGGCAUGCGAGACUUAUUCUCUGUGGACCAUCGGCUAAAACUUUAUUUAGAUAUGGAAGUCUUUGAGAAGGCAGAAGAGUUCAAAUGUUUUCUCAAGGUAGCGGUUGUGAAAAAUGGACGGCCUGGGGAGUUCCUGGCCCUCUUGGUAGCUUCAGAUGUCCAAGUUCAUGUGUUGGAGGUAACUGGAGAGAUAAGGGGGCAACCAUCAGAUUGGCUGAAGAAGGGAGACUGUCACUACCUGUCUGACCUCUCUUGCCUGGAGGUGGGAUUAUGUCAUCAAAGCUUACAUAUGGAGUUUGUGAAUCCCUGUGUCUCCUAUACACUGCUGCUUCGCAACCAGAGCCGCUGCAGAAGAUUUCUCCAAUGCUUGACAUACCUCAUAGAAGAAUUGCCAACGAAAAGCAGGAGAAAAGUCCCAGACAUCACUAUGGUAGAAAUGAAUUUGCAGCACCCAUUAUGGCCACUGAUUAACAAGGACCUUGCAAGAGAAGCUGCAAGUGGUUCAGCCAGACCAUUCUUCUACUUAUUGUCAUACCUCAUCCAAGGGUCUUCUGCAUUUCCUGUGACUUUGCUCAGCACUCGUAGUAAUAUAUUCUUGGUGGAAGAAGAUCAUCAGUGGCAACAAGUCCUGCCUUCCUCUGGCUCAGGCAGUGAGUUUGAGAAACAGCCCAAGGACUGCAUCCUGCUGAAAGCGAAUGAGCCAAUCAGCAGCAUCAGUGGUGUAGUACUUUACCGUUUCUCCCCUUGCGAUGUAAAGCUGCAACUUUAUGAUGAGGUCCUAAAGGUGGAAACCACUUGGCAUUUGCGGACAGAGUGUCCUGACUUGCUGGCUGAAUUGGUGGAGUGGCUACGUGUGCCCUGGGAAGAGAUGUUCUCAAUUGCUCUCCGUAAGACGGUACUAGAAGUGUUGGAGUGAAGUGAAGAACCCUUGACUACAACGUUUCCGUUCCUCUUGGGUUACAAGAAUAGUUCUUGGAUCACCUUCCAGUCUUUGUUGCUCGUAACAAUUUUAAAUUUUGCUGCUGUUGGAAGUUUUAGCAACAUUUGGUAACUGCAACUGGAUAAUUUGCACUCACCCUCUUCCUUAACAUCAAAGAACCUUGGAUGUGUGCAAAAUGUCUUUAGUGACUGUGCAUGGGUCAUAUCCUAUGAGCCAGGAGGUGAGUCAGGCCAGCCUGGCAAAGUACUUCCUAUCGUACUGAAGGAGAUUCCAGAGUUACUUCGAGGCUAAUCCUGCACUUGUCACUUUUUGUUGGAGAGCAGCUGCUGGAGAUAGUGGUGGAAGUUACACAAAGUAGUUAGAUAGUUCUGGACUGUGCAUCACUGGAUUGGGAUGGAUCAGAAACAUGAGCCUGGCUCUCUCACUGCAAAUCUGUGAAUUUUUCUGACUUUUUGCUUCAUUAUGCAGAACUCACUAUCCAGACUGGUCUAGAAUAUAGGCCCUGUUCUGGAAGAACCUUCUCCUGAAUUGUUUGGUUACUGGAAUAGGGAUCUGAGAAUUCUUGUAUAUUUCUGUCUCUGUGCAUUCAGAGAUAUUCAUGCACUCAGGGUACAAGUCACUGGGAACCAUAGCCUUCCCUGGGCAGGACAGAGAUCAAUUUUAAGUGUGAACUUUUAUAUAUGGUGUUAAAUAAAAGUGGUUUUUAUGAA